CCCUUCACCUAGCAGCUAGGUGGAAUAAAAACCCAGAAAUAGUGGAAAUAUUGCUUGAAAAAGGUGCCAAAGUAAACGCACAAGACAAUGAAAAAUGGACAGCACUGCAUUUGGCUGCUAAUUUUAACUCAGCUUCAGACAUUGUCCAAAUGCUGCUGGAAAACAGCGCCGACAUUCAUUCACAAACUCAAUAUGGAUCAACAGCCCUUCACUUAGCAGCCAGGUGGAAUAAAAACCCUGAACUAGUGAAAAUUUUGCUUGCAAAAGGAGCAAAGGUAAACGUGCAAGACGAUGAAAAACGGACAGCACUGCAUUACGCUGCUAAAAAUAAAGAAAUUACAGAAGAAGUGUUCCAACAGCUGAUUGAAUACGGCGCCGACGUUGAUACACAAGAUCAACAAGGAUGGACAGCCUUACACAUGGCUGCUAAUUCAAAUAAAAACGCGGAAAAAGUAAAAAUAUUGCUCGAAAAAGGUGCGAAAGUAAACGCACAAGAUAAUAAAAAUUGGACAGCACUGCAUUUUGCCGCUAGAUAUAACCCAGCUUCAGAAAUUGUCCAAAUGUUGCUGAAAAACGGCGCCGACAUUCAUUCACAAACUGAAUAUGGAUCAACAGCCCUUCACCUAGCAGCCGAGUGGAAUAAAAGCCCUGAACUAGUGAAAAUUUUGCUUGAAGAAGGAGCACAAGUUAACACUCAAGACCUUUACAAACGGACAGCACUGCAUUACGCUGCUGAAAAUAAAGAAAUUACGGAAGAAGUGUUCCAACAGCUGAUUGAGUACGGCGCCGACGUUGAUGCAAAAGAACAUCAAGGAUGGACAGCCCUACACAAGGCUGCUAAUUCAAAUAAAAACGCGGAAAAAGUAAAAAUUUUGCUUGAAAAAGGUGCGAAAGUAAACGCACAAGAUAAUAAAAAAUGGACAGCACUGCACUUGGCCGCUAGAUAUAACCCAGCUUCAGAUAUUGUCCAAAUGUUGCUGGAAAACGGCGCUGACAUUCAUUCACAAACUGAAUAUGGAUUAACAGCCCUUCAGCUAGCAGCCUCGGGGAAUGAAAACCCCGAACUAGUGAAAAUUUUACUAGAAAAAGGUGCAAAGGUAAACGUGCAAAACGAUGACAAACGAACAGCACUGCAUUACGCUGCCGAAAAUAAAGAAAUUACAGAAGAUGUGUUCCAACAGCUGAUUGAAUACGGCACCGACGUUAAUACACAAGAUCAAAAAGGAUUGACAGCCCUCCACAUGGCUGCUAAUUCUAAUAAAAACGCGGAAAAAUUAAAAAUUUUGCUCGAAAAAGGUGCGAAAGUAAACGCACAAGAUAAUAAAAAUUGGACAGCACUGCAUUUUGCCGCUAGAUAUAACCCAGCUUCAGAUAUUGUCCAAAUGUUGCUGGAAAACGGCGCUGACAUUCAUUCACAAACUCUAAAUGGAUUAACAGCCCUUCAGCUAGCAGCCUCGGGGAAUGAAAACCCCGAACUAGUGAAAAUUUUACUAGAAAAAGGUGCAAAGGUAAACGUGCAAAACGAUGACAAACGAACAGCACUGCAUUACGCUGCCGAAAAUAAAGAAAUUACAGAAGAAGUGUUCCAACAGCUGAUUGAAUACGGCACCGACGUUAAUACACAAGAUCAAAAAGGAUUGACAGCCCUCCACAUGGCUGCUAAUUCUAAUAAAAACGCGGAAAUAUUAAAAAUUUUGCUCGAAAAAGGUGCGAAAGUAAACGCACAAGAUAAUAAAAAUUGGACAGCACUGCAUUUUGCCGCUAGAUAUAACCCAGCUUCAGAAAUUGUCCAAAUGUUGCUCGAAAACGGCGCCGACAUUCAUUCACAAACUCUAUAUGGAUCAACAGCUCUUCACCUAGCAGCCGGGUGGAAUGAAAAUCCUGAACUAGUGAAAAUUUUGCUUGAAAGAGGAACAAAAGUUAACACUCAAGACGAUGACAAACGAACAGCACUGCAUUACGCUGCUAAAAAUAAAGAAAUUACAGAAGAAGUGUUCCAACAGCUGAUUGAAUACGGCGCCGACGUUGAUGCACAAGAUCAACAAGGAUGGACAGCCCUCCACAUGGCUGCUAAUUCUAAUAAAAACGCGGAAAAAGUAAAAAUUUUGCUUGAAAGAGGUGCGAAAGUAAACGCAAAAGACAAUAAAACUUGGACAGCACUGCAUUUGGCCGCUAGAUAUAACCCAGCUUCAGAAAUGGUCCAAAUGUUACUGGAAAAAGGCACCGACAUUCAUUCACAAAUUCAAGAUGGGUCAACAGCCCUUCACCUAGCAGCCGGGUGGAAUGAAAACCCUGAAGUAGUGCAAACUUUGCUUGAAAAAGGUGCCAAAGUAAACGCACAAAACCAAGACAAGUGGACCGCACUGCAUUACGCGGUUAAACACAACCAAAUUCUAGAAGUGAUCCAAAAGCUGCUUGAUAAAGGUGCCGAGAUAAAUGUUGAAAAUUCUGAUGGAGAGACUCCUUUAUUUCUCGCCGCUAAGCGUAAUCGAGCGAAAGAAGUUGUUCAAAUACUGCUCGACCAUGGUGUUAAAGUAAAUGAAAGGACUAGAAAUGACGAACAAUGCGCCGCUGUAUUAGGUCAGAUGAAAAUCGACCUUUAAGUUCUUCAAAGAACUAAAUAAAAAUAACUCUGACCUAUUGAUAAUCAAUCGUAUAUUUUGUUAGUAAAAAUUGGCGUAAAGAAAAUGAGGCAAAGUUGCGGAGGGCGAUCUUUACGUUGCAAUGAAUUUCGAAGUCGAGACUUUAGGCUAGAAAGCUGCACUUUUCGAUCAGAAUGACACAGGCUCAAAUUUUCGCAUGCAUUCUCUACCAUAGACAUUUAAAUAGAAUAUAAGAGCUUUUCAAUUGUAUAUAAAAAAAUAAGUAACUUCAUUUAAGUGAAUUAUCGGAGUACUGAUGAACCUAUUAUGAGUUUAUUACAUGACAUUAAGAAAUAAACAAUUAAUAACUGUUUCGAUCCAUCUGGUAGAACAAGAAGUUGCUUUUUAAGAAUUGUAAAUGAGUUGCUGUUAUCUUAUUUUUAGUUUUAUUGUAUUACAGGUUAUGUUAAAUAUUUUGUACUUAUGUUUGAAAUAAAAAAUGUAUUCUUACUGGUUUGUUAUAAAAGA